CCCAUCCGAAAAUGGCUAAAUUUCUUACAUCUUAUUUAUAAUUUUAAACUAAAAUUUCAGGAAUAGUAAGAUUAAAUGUUAUACUUUAUUUAUUACACAAAAACUUAAUUCACACAAAAUUCACGUUCUACGCCCUAUUCUGGCUAUGGAGGCUUGUUUCUCAAUACAGUGCGGUGCGAGUUUACAGCCCUUUUGUGAGCUUGGGUCACUUUGUUAAGCUAUGACAAUAUGGUACUUCGUAAAAUACGGUAAUGGUUUAAAAAGAAGUGGGUAGUCUGCAAUCGUAAAAAGAUCAUGUAUUAUUCAACCUUCACGCAGACGAGAGGUUUGUUUUGGUGAAUAAGUAGUACGGUGAGCCGAAUUAUCGUUUAUUGCUAAUAGAGAUAUUUGAGUUUUCUUUUAACAGACAUAGGCCUAUCUCAAUUAAAGCUAAGAAUAUAUCUAUUUAAAUUAGAGAUGUCUUUGUUUAAAACUAAGACACUGUUUUGAAAUGUAUAUGUUGAUAUUGUGCUUCAAUGAAUUUUUUUUAUAUCAUAAUGAUAAUAUUACACUUGCUUAUAUAAUUUGAUUUACAAAGCAACUUUGUUAGGCCGCCGUAGAGAGACAUGGAUUCUAACUCAAUUGAGAUGGGGACUCACGUGAUCGAUGGUGUACGGCAUCCUAUUUCAACGCCAGUGAAGCACAUAGAGAACCUUCCAAAUUUAGAGAUCUUUGAAGACGAUGUUGUAAUGACGUCACCUAAAUCAGGUACAACCUGGAUGCAAGAGAUAAUUUCUAUGCUUAGGUACGGAUGCGAUGUUCAAAAGGCAGACCAGGAAUAUAUAGAAAAGCGUUGGAUGUUCAUUGACAUUCAUCUCAACAACCAAAAGUAUGUUCAUCUCCCCAUUGUAUUCGUCUGUAGAAAUCCAAAAGACACUGCUGUUUCUUUCUUCUAUUUUCACAAAAUGGUAAAACAUUUCCCAACCUAUGACUCGUGGAGUGAAUUUCUGAAUGAUUUCUGCGAUGGGAAUCUUGUUUUUGGAGACUGGUUUUCUAUGAACUCCUAUUGGUGGAGUCAACGCAACGAUAAAAACGUACUGUUCGUCAAAUACGAAGACAUGCAAAGAAAUCUCAGUGACGUUGUUGAGAAAGUCGCAUCGUUCCUCGGAUGGCCUAUUACGGACAGAAAUCUACCCGAGCUUCUCAAACACUGUUCCUUUGAGUCGAUGAGGUCAAACAAAAAGGUCAACUAUACUGAACAUCCACGGGUGGACACCAAAGAAAUACCAUUCAUGAGAAAGGGUUAG